ACAACCAAAUUGUAUUCAUACUUUUGUGUAUGGACCAUUGUGUGGGCACGCGUACACCUCGCUCCCCGUACUACAGAAAAAGUGUACGAUAACUCUCUGUAUUCAUCGAAACUUUUCGGAACUUUUCAUCAACUUCCAGCUCGAUAAAGAGUGAUUUACAAAUCACAAGAGGGGAAUAUUCUGAGAGAAUUCCAAAGGAAAAUUCUUCGAGCUGAAUGCUAGCGCGAUCGCAAACGUUUGUCGUCAUGGGGAAAGAAAAAGUAGUCGCGAUUAUGAGAAAUAUCGAGGAGCAUCAGCAGCGAGUGGAGCGGCACUCGCAGAUCGACUCCAAUGGCGAAACUGUUGACGAGGUCCUCAACGUGAAUCCUUCGUACCUGGAGUGCCACGGAUGCAAAGAGUCUAUCAAGGACCGCUACUUCUUAAGAGCCAUUGAGAAGUAUUGGCAUGAAGACUGUCUCUCCUGUGACCUUUGCCAGUGCCGACUAGGGGAAGUAGACUGUCACAUGUACAGCAAACUUGGAAGGAAGCUCUGCAAGCGGGAUUAUCUGAGGCUAUUUGCUCCAAGCGGCGUGUGUUCGGCGUGCAACCGGGCGAUCCCCGCUUAUGAACUCGUCAUGACCACCUCGUCCGAAUGCCGUUACCACCUGGAGUGUUUCAAGUGUUCUCAGUGUGACAAGCAUUUCUGCGUCGGGGACAAGUACUUCCUGGUUGGGUCAAAGAUCAUGUGCGAAGACCACUGACAACGGACACUUACCAACUAUACAUGUUGUAGGAAAACUGUAUGAUGGGCGAUUAUCUUUUUCUUGUGUGAAAGACAUGUGCGACGACCACUGACCUGACACGACAUUUACCCACUCAUUCAGACAAAAACUACUAUACAACGCUUCAUACAUAAACUGUACCAUAAGAAUCUAUAAUUCUCUUGUGUGAAUGACUUAAGUGUUAUGUCAAGUAACAAAACAUAGCAAAAUUGCAUGUUAUGAAAUGCCGUUUUGAUCCAACUCUGUACAGUGAAAUUUCAUAGAACGAAAUGGAGGUUUAGAGCAUAAUUUUAAAUGCAAACUCAAGAACGUUAAAGAACACCAGUCUACAAAUCAUUCGCAGAUUGCAUUAUUCACCAAGAUGGUCAGUUUCUGCAGCUUCAACAGAAAGAAGAAGAGUCAAGAACUAGAAUGGAUCACAAGUGGGAGCGUUCAAUGUCUGAUGUUUUUCCUCUGUCUUUUUCCCCUCUCUCCUCCCCAUCUCUGUCUUCUCUUUCUCUCUCCCUUUCUAUCUCCAUAUAUAUCUCUGUCUUUCCCUCUCUCUCUCUCUCCCUCUCUCUCUUUGUUUUUCUCCAGCUAUAUCUUAAAAGUUGAUUUUGAUGAGAAAGACCACUGCCUUAUUUAUUAAGAACCAGACAUGUGCCUUUUAUGCACACUUCAGAGACUGGUGACUUCCGUAAUUUUUGUAAAAAAGUUUUGUCAUAUUUGUCAACUUUGGCAAGUGAAAUUAACUUGCCCUUUUGUGCUAUCUGGUAAGUUCUUUUUGAAGCACUGUAUGACUUCACAGGGAGUCAACUUCGGAUCUUGCUUUGUCAAAGUCAGUCUGUAGAUGUUGCUUGAAUCUAGCGCGUUGCAUUCAGUUACCAAAUUCAGCUAUUCGACGGUUGGCACAAAAAUAUUCAAGAAAGUGUAGUCUUCACUUUUGUAGGACGCGAUUCACGUUUAUAGUUUGAAUCUCGCAUGCUCCUAGAAUGUCGAACAUUCCAAUUAUCAUACGUAACAUUCCGCUGUACAUACAAACAAACAAUGUAGAUUUCAUGAUCAUCACACUUUGUUUUCAGUCAUUUUAAGGCCAUCGCACAACUUAGGACACGACUGGAUUUCCACAGAAAUGACAUCAGAUAUGAUUGAAGACACAGGCCAAGUUGGCCUUUUCUCUGGUAAUAUCCGUCAAUAUUCACGCUUGUAGCUGGGUCGUAAGUUGUGCGUUGGCCUAUUUUAGUUUCUUAUAAAAUAUACAUUGUAGCUCACUUCAGACUAUGGACUUGAAUUCAAAACAACAUUUCAAACAAAUUCUCUAGCAAGUAAUCAUUAGUUUUAUUCAUUAUUCACAUCUUAUAAUGGCUUUUCCAUUUAUGGAAGAAAAUACAAGCAAAAUACAUGUAUAAUGCACCACCUUUGUCAGGUGGUGGCACACAAAAACAAAACAUAAAUGAACAAAAAUACAAUAUGAUCUGAUAACAUAAGUCAAAAACUAGAAAAAUUAAUAUUUUUCAUUUUAGCUGAACAAAUUUUUCUUUUUCUUUUAAUAUUCAUUCUGUAUAUAAAUUGAUAUAAAUGUAUGGAUAUCAUAGAUCUAUUAAUUUAAGUACAGACAAGCUGGAAUACUAUCUUUUAGAUUUAAAAAACAUGAUUUAUUCACUGUGAACUUAAAAUUACUUCUCAUUUAAUACAACAGAACAGCAUUGUUUUGGGAAAAAAACAGUGCACUUUUAUUGGCUAAGAUAAGACUCUUAUCCAUCCAAAAAUCGCAAGAGCAGUUUUCCUGUAAGUCUUUUUUGUUUUCUGUGACAAUCAUCUAAAUUCUAAAUGUUUGAUCACGCUCUUGUACAAUAAUUAGCCAAGUUACGAUGACUGGCGUGCCCGAAAAAAAACCCACGAUAACGUCUUGUUUACAAUAUUAAUAGUGUUUAGUGAGGGACCCGCAAUGAUUAUUACCGCAAUGAUUAUUACCCCAAUAUUUGCUAGGUACCCAUAUGUUUAAAUACGACUUGGUCGAGGUGUGGACAAACCAGUAUACUGGGAUGUAAGAACAAAUCAAGGAUCAAACUUGGGACAUCUCGUAUGAAGUAGGGGCCGGUAUUCAAUUCAAAACUUACAGUAUGUCAGAAAUAUGAGUAUUUUACUUAGUUUUCAGCUUAGAUAAAAUACUUAGCCAACUUUGGUAUUCAGUCGAAGUUUUUGGCUAAGUAUUUUACCCUAAAUUCAAGACAACUCCCUAUCAGACUUGAGCCCAUUAUGUUUUGUUAUCAUAAGCUGCGCACAAUAUACUAGCACACAUUCAAUGCAAAUUGUUUUAGGUUGACAAUGUGACGUCACAGUGAUUAAGUCGGCUCACUAAAAUAAAAUGCUCGGAUAUGAUCUAAAUACGAGAUAAGACAUCUUACUUUGCCAGGUAAAAUGCUAAGUAAAAUACAGAUUGAAUCCACUUAAUUGAAUAAGGCCCCAAGUUUGCCCAGGUCCAUUUUGUUUAGUUGAACAUAUCUUUUCUCUGACGUAAAUGAUAUAAAUAUUGUCCCUCUUCGACCUUAAGUGGUUGAUUCUUAUUUGUGUUGUGUUAACUUUAAAGAUCACAGCGAUAUAUUCCAGAAGUAUUCAAAAUAAACUGCCCAAUUCAUCUGGCAGUGUAUUCACAAACUAUUUUAGAAAAUAACAAUACAGUGUAUUUUAUAAGAAAAGCAUUAAUAUUCAUAUAUUUAUUUUGGCCCCUAAUAUGAGUGUUUUUAUUAUAUAAAUAUUUGAUUUUUGUAUGGAAAUUGGUAUAAAAUCUAUUCAUGUGUCCCAAGUGUACUAGAGUACAUUAUAAUAUAUGGUUUACUUUACCAGAUAUAUAUAUAUCACAUAUUUCUUUUAUAUAAGAACACAGCGCAAUUGUUUAAAAUAUGACCAACAAAAUAUGGAAACUAUUCUAUUUUAUACAAUCCUAAUACAGCUGCUAAAUAAAUACUUUGUUGUACACAGAUGUAUGUAAUUUUGAUUAUUUUCUUUGGAAGUGAUCAUAUCUUUUUUUUUUAAAUAAAAACCAUGAAGAGUGCUUUGUACCAAUUGAAAGGAUUCCGUACAUGAGUUUCUAAGAAUCCUAUUACAUUUCUAGAUUGUAUUUUAUCAUGUUAUUGUUUGUGCUAGUAUACAUCAUUGUGUACUUUGUUGCUAAUAAGUGUCAUACAAAUAGUAAUUUUAUCAUUGUACAUAGUUAUCUAAAUGUAUUUUGUACUAAGCUGUAUUUGUGUAAAAUGUAUUUUUGAAGCAGUAAGCAUCUUAUGUUACAUGUAUAUACUACUUGCUGACAAAGGAUAUAAUUCAUGAUUAUAUUACAUGUACAUGCAUACUUAUAUAUGAACAGCAUUGUUAUAUUAUGUAGGUGUAACCGUAAACAUAUAGAAUUGAAUAUACAGGUAUAUCUGUAACAAGGCUUUAAGUACAUGCUUAUGUAAAGGAAUGGCACAUAUAUACCAUUCCAUAGAAAGGGAAUCCUACAUGAGUUUAAAAGGAUGUUUCCCAUUAAUACUGUGAAAUUACAUGUACAUAUCUCCAUCAUUAAUCCCAAUUUAUGAAUUGAUCAUCUAACUACAAAUCGUCUGUUGAGAUCCAGAAGGGCAUUAACUUUGUAUGAAAGUAAAGUAAGAACCUGUACAUAAAGACCGCUCAGGAGAAACAUGAAAUGUGGUCUUCAUAGGCAGGUUGCCUGUAUGUACAAGUUUCUUAUAUAGUACAUGUUUCAAUGAGAAACCAUUUUCAAGGGAAACAAAACAUUAGGUCUUUGUAGACAAAUCGUCUUUCUAUACAGGUGGUCACUAAAGCAGGUUUGAUUGUAUUGAAGUUCAUGAUUAUGAAUAAACGCCCUUCUGGCUUCAAACAGACGAUAUGUACUGCUUUUUGGGAGCGAUAUUGUAAAACCAGAACAUUUCGCAAAUUGUUAAGAACAGCCAUUUUAACUGCAAACAAUCGUUGUACAAUCAUUUUGUGGACUUAAACUUGCAAACAUUUCAUGCACGCGAAAGUUUCUGGUUUUAUUUUACCGGUAGAUGAAUUAAAGUGUGUACAUGUAUGUAACUCCAUAUUUAUGUUAGAGAAAGUAAGUAGCAUUAUUAUUCCAUUACAUGCCUAGGAUACCCUACGUGAGUUUGAAAGGGAUCCUUUAAAUAUGAUAUGUGGAGUUAUCAAAUAAUAUUUACCUACAUAUUUGUGUAAUUUACCCCACUAUAUAUUCAGUUGUCCCUUUGGCAUUAUAAGUCCCCCUGCAAAGUUUGGGCUUUGGAAUAUCUACAUUAUUUUGUACCUUCAUAAUCCCCAAAUCCCAUUUUGUUUUAUUUUACAAGAAAUACAAGCUUUUCUCUGUCCAAUUAUAUUGGAUACUAUAUACAAACUUUAGGCGGUUUGAAGCAUUUAACGUUUGGUUGGAUUGCCCAUCUUUUAAAAUGACGUAUCUCCAGGUUGCUAAAAAAUAAUUAAUUUUUUUAGAGCAACAUAAUAAAUACCGGCAAGGAAAUAUCUUAUUUCGGAAUGAAUUGGAAGAAUUGGCAGCAUUGGAUCAAGGGGCUAUAAGCUUAUAGUUCCAUGAUUGGAUCGACUGCAAAAACAGCUGGACGGUCUUGACAAGCCAUUCAUUGUACACUAAUAUGUAAUGCAUUAUUUUGUUGUAAAUAAAAUUGUAUUUGAGAUAUUGUUCUUCAUUCAAAGCAUGUAUAUAAAUAAAUUCUUUUAAAUCACGAAA